UUAUUUCUAAAGUCAACCCGGCCAUCAUUUCUUUUCUAUUAUUCCAAUGUCCGUUUCUUAGAUUAUCAACAACGACAAUCUUCUUCUCUCAUAUAUGAUGAAUCAGGAUAAUAAUGACCUUAUUGGAGGAAACAUGGGAUCUCAGUCUAACCUUAAUCUUCCAGGUUUCAUGUCACCUUUCCGCAGCAACCCCGUUUAUAAUUUAGACAAUCUCCCGAUCAUCAUCUCAAAUGGAGAUUUCAAUUUCGGAGGUCAAAAUAAUAACCUGGGAGGAAAUGUGAUGAGCGAAUUCCAAUUCCAACAAAACUUUUCUCAAGAGCCAAACAACAACUCUGGUUUUUUUACUACAACUGAUUAUCAGCCGACCAAUGAUGUGUAUUUUUACAUGCCGCCAUCCGAAAUCUCGUGUUUUCCGGACCAUGUUUUGACUAACGUUGAUUCCUCCCCUCAGACAUUCUUAAAUCAAGAGCCGUUAGUGCCGCUCAUUACUAAUAAUAGUAUGGGUGGGAUCACUUCAGAGAGACAACAUCAGGGAGACGAUUAUUCCUUAAACUAUGUCGUGUCGAUGGGGAUGCAGCAACAAAUUACGGCGGGCUCUUAUGACAUUCCUAGUACUAUUAGUAUUAGUAGUAACAAUAGUUACAAUUUCUAUAACUAUAAUAGUAAUAGUAACGCCGUCCGAGAAAGCCCUACAAAUAAUCAAGUUCUCAUGUUACCCCCGCCUCCGAAUUAUAAUAGUAGUAACAUAGUCCUUGAAAGCCCUAGAAGCAAUCCAGUUUUUGAGUUACCUCCGCCGUCUGCAGCGGCUUUGCCACCAAGUAACAUAGCCUUUGAGAGCCCUAAGAGUAACCCAGUUAUCAAGCUAGCACCACCGCCGACUGGUUUGCCUCCAAAUAGUAGUAGUAAUUACAAUAACAACAGUGGCAGUGGCAAGAGAUCAAAGAACAGUUUGGUUGCUCGAAAAAACAACCCUAUUUCGUCAACUACACCGCAAACUUCAAGGGUGGGGCCGGGUAGGCCACGAACAAGAAAUACUCAACGACCAUCUCCGUCUUCGUCGACAUCUUCAUCACCAUCGGCAUCACCAGCAUCAUCAACAUUAGCGUCAAACAUACUUGGGGCUAAUCAGUUCUUCAACAAAGGACUUUUAGGACAUUACCAAGCAUUGGCUAACAGAGGUUAUACGCGCAGCUCCUACCCCUACUUGGCAUCUUCUAGCAGGUACAAUUUGAAGAAGCUCAUGCCUGCCAUCUUGUAUAGGUAGGGGAUUAAGAUCAAAGGGAGUAUAAGAGAUUUCAGAAGAGGAAGCAAGAGGAGUAAGAGAAGAGGAUGGCAAAAAGGAAUAACUUUCCAUUUGAAGUUCUUUUCCAUACCCCAGAUUUUAUUAUUUCCAUGUUUACUGACUUAAAAACUUGGUUGUAUUGUUGCGAACUUCCUUUUAUUGGUAAUAUUCUGUCUUGGGUCCCAACAGAAUGUCUAUAAUUGUAUGAAUGUCAGUAGCAUGCUCCACUUUUGGCUUUUUAACCGUGUCCCCCCAUUUUAUUUUACCCCCAUUUUAACUGUUUUGCUAGGGGUAUAACGAGAAAGUCAAUGCCAGUUAUUU